AUGGUAUCAAGCGUCUCCUUGCGCCGGUUGGCGCUCAUUACCUUCCUCCUUCAUUCGGUCGUUCAUGCCCAUGUUGUCAUGAUAUCACCUGAGCCCUACAGUUUUGACACACUUAAUAAUUCUCCGUUAGCCGCAGAUGGUAGCGAUUUCCCUUGCAAGCUGCGCGAUAACGCAUUCGAGGCCCCCGAGUCUGAAACAACUAUCAGUGUGGGCGAAUCGCAUGGACUGAUCUUCCAGGGUAGUGCUAUGCAUGGAGGAGGUUCGUGCCAGAUCAGUCUAACCACAGACCUUGAGCCAUCCAAGAGUUCGGAGUGGAAGGUAAUCGCCUCAUAUGAGGGUGGGUGCCCGGCCAACGUGGAGGGAAAUCUCGCUGGUGGGUCCGCUCGGAUCGAGAAAUAUCCGUCGAACUUCACCAUUCCAUGUGAUAUCUCCCCAGGUAAAUAUACGCUGGCCUGGACCUGGUUCAACCGCCUUGGAAACCGCGAGAUGUAUAUGAAUUGUGCGCCUAUUACGGUGACAAGUGAUGUCUCCAGCGGAGACCCCGUCAAGUCCAUCGUGCCCUCGUCCACCCUUCCUGCAAUGUUUGUUGCGAAUGUGAACGGCUGUAUCACGAAGGAAGGCGUCGACAUUAGAUUCCCCGAACCUGGUGAAAAGGUUGAGUUUAAGGGCCAGCCUUCUAACCUCGCACCUGAGGGAGAGCCUGCCUGUACUGGCAAUCCGACAUUUGGCGUGGUCACGUCAUCCAGUAUAUCCAUGAGUACCCCGUCAGCUAAGGCAGGCGCAUAG